AUCAAAUCACAAAGGCUUGCGAAUCUACAAUGAUCCAAGCGGCGAUAACGAAGAAGCAAUACCAGGAUUUAUUCGCUGCGCAUGAGAAGGAGAAGCAAAAGAAGAAGAUACACCAUGAAGGAGGAAUUACUAGAGAAGAAGCGCAGGAUCUCAUGAGGUCAAGAGAUCAAGUUGUCGAACCUCCAGUCAAUGAUCCUCCACAGUCUCAAUUACCGGCCUCUCAACCACGCCAACGAGACGCGUUUGGAGGUGGUGUCCGGCUCAGUGUUAGAUUACUCUUAGUGCGACAGGCCACAAUGGCUUCCAUAUGCAAGCCUCCUAUUAAGGGUUAUAAAGGAUGUCAUAAUUAG